AUGUAUGUGUGGAAAAGAGAUGGUCGCAAGGAGCGCGUCCAAUUUGAUAAAAUCACUGCUCGGGUCUCCCGGCUGUGUUAUGGACUCGACGCAGACCAUGUAGACGCUGCAGCAAUCACCCAGAAGGUCAUCUCUGGUGUCUAUCAAGGUGUCACCACGAUAGAGCUUGAUAACUUGGCCGCAGAGACUGCUGCGUACAUGACAGUCACCCAUCCCGAUUAUGCCAUCCUUGCUGCAAGAAUUGCAGUCUCGAAUCUCCACAAGCAAACCAAGAAACAAUUCUCACAUGUCAUUUCAGACUUAUACCACUAUGUAAAUCCCCGAAAUAGCAAGAAAUCCCCCAUGAUCAGCCAGAAGACAUACGAAUGUGUGAUGAAGCACGAGGCUGAGUUCAACUCCGCCAUUGUCUAUGAUCGAGACUUCAACUACCAAUACUUUGGUUUUAAGACCCUCGAGCGAUCAUAUCUUCUCCGUCUUGAUGGCAAAAUCUGCGAGCGUCCUCAACAUAUGAUUAUGCGUGUGGCAGUCGGAAUCCACGGCGAUGACAUAGAAGCCGUCGUUGAGACAUACAACUUGAUGUCAGGCAAAUACUUCACACAUGCCUCGCCAACGCUUUUCGCUGCUGGCACCCCGCAAGCACAGCUGUCCUCUUGCUUCCUCAUCGAUAUGAAGGAAGACAGCAUUGAGGGUAUUUAUGACACCCUGAAGACGUGUGCCAUGAUCUCCAAGAAUGCUGGUGGUAUCGGACUCAACGUCCACAGAAUCCGCGCAACUGGGGCCUACAUUGCUGGGACCAAUGGCAACUCUAAUGGAAUUGUUCCUAUGCUCCGGGUCUUCAACAACACUGCCAGAUAUGUCGAUCAGGGUGGCAACAAGCGCCCUGGUGCGUUUGCCAUCUAUCUGGAGCCAUGGCACGCUGAUGUCUUUGAGUACCUCGAUCUUCGCAAGAACCAUGGCAAGGAGGAAGUUCGCGCCCGUGAUCUAUUCUAUGCUCUGUGGAUUCCUGAUCUCUUUAUGAAGCGUGUUGAGAAGAACGGAGACUGGACCUUGAUGUGCCCUAAUGAAUGUCCUGGGUUGGCAGACGUAUACGGCGAUGAAUUCGAGGCACUUUAUGAGAAGUAUGAGCAGGAGGGCAAGGGUCGCAAGACCAUCAAGGCCCAAAAACUUUGGUACUCCAUUCUCGAGGCUCAAACUGAGACUGGAAAUCCUUUCAUGCUUUACAAGGAUGCUUGUAACAAGAAGAGCAACCAGAAGAAUCUCGGUACUAUUCGAAGCUCGAACUUAUGCACAGAAAUUGUCGAGUACUGCGCUCCGGAUGAAGUCGCUGUCUGCAACUUGGCCUCUCUCGCCCUGCCUACUUAUGUGGACAUGAACAGCGGUACUUAUGACUUCCAAAAGCUUCACGAAGUCUGCCAAGUCGUUGUCAAGAACUUGAACAAGAUCAUUGAUAUUAACUACUACCCUGUCCCGGAAGCCCGAAAGAGCAAUUUCCGCCACAGACCCAUUGCAGUUGGUGUGCAAGGGCUUGCGGAUGCGUUCUUAGCCCUCCGUCUACCAUUCGACUCCCCUGAGGCCAAAAAUCUCAAUGUCCAGAUUUUCGAGACCAUCUACCAUGCUGCUUUGACCGCUUCCGUCGAGCUUGCUAAGAUUCAUGGAACUUAUGAGACCUAUGAAGGUUCCCCCGCCUCGAAGGGAGAGCUCCAAUACGACAUGUGGGGUGUCACUCCCUCCGAUCUUUGGGAUUGGGACAGUCUGAAGCAGCAAAUCCAGCAACACGGUCUUCGAAAUAGUUUACUCGUUGCUCCUAUGCCAACUGCAAGCACCAGUCAAAUCCUUGGCUUCAACGAGUGCUUCGAACCAUACACUUCGAACAUCUACUCUCGCCGCGUGCUCGCUGGCGAAUUUCAAGUUGUCAACCCCUGGCUCCUCAAGGAUCUCGUUGACAUGGGACUUUGGUCUGACAAUAUGAAGAACCGUAUCAUCGCUGAUGGUGGAUCAAUCCAGAACAUCCCCAAUAUUCCAGCUGAUAUCAAGGCCCUAUACAAGACUGUUUGGGAAAUCUCGCAGCGUAACAUCGUCCAGAUGGCUGCUGAUCGUGGAGCGUUCAUCGAUCAAUCUCAAUCCAUGAACAUCCAUAUGAAGGAUCCUACAAUGGGCAAGAUCACCAGUAUGCAUUUCGCUGGCUGGAAGCUGGGUCUCAAGACAGGAAUGUAUUACCUCCGCACGAUGGCUGCUACGGCACCCAUCCAAUUUACGGUUGAUCAAGAGGCUCUUCUCGUUGCCGAUACAAAUGUCGCUCGGGAGCGUACCGCCAAGAAGCGGACCGUUCCAUCAUCAGGAUAUAUCUCAUCCCCAUCAGCUGUUCCUCGGCCGAUGUACAUGAAGCAAAACCCCAACACCUCGAACGGAGUCCCGACCCCAACAACGACUCCACCGCCGGCAUCUGAGGCGAAGAAAAUUGCACCACCGGCCGCUGCCAAGACGCAGGCUUUCAAGGCGGAUCUCGAAGAGGGAGAUAGUCCUAAAGUUCUUGCCACUGAGCCAACUACCGCGGUGCCAGAGGAAGAACUCCGUGCGCCCACAGUCAAUGUCAAGAAGCAGGAUGAGGACACAGCUGUGGACAGUGCAGAUCGGGAGCAUGAUAUUUAUGCCGAUGCUGUCUUGCAAUGCAGCAUUGAGAACAAAGAGGAGUGUACCAUGUGUAGUGGUUAG